CGUAGAAACGGCUAAAAGAAACGUUCAGCUGCUGGGAGUCUUCAGCUGGUCCCGCCAUGACGCCUUUAAACACCAACCCCCCUGUGCGCAAUCUCCACACAUGCUCGCCACUCAACAGGCCAAUCUGGAUGCCCGGCCCCUUUGCCACAUGCCCCUUGACCUUCUGCGGGUGGUAUAUAUAGUUAGCCAGGCGUUCAGAGUCCUCCUGCCAGCCAACAUGAAGGGCUUAGUCUCGAUCUGCUGCCUCGUCUCCUUGCUGUCUCUGGCAACACCAGAGGAGGAGGAGCUGCUGGACUCUAUUCUAAGAGACAGAUCUCACAUUGAGGAGACGCUAAGACUGGCAGCAUUAGAUACCUCAGGAGACUAUGCAGCUGCUCUACAGAGACUGAGGAAGAUCUACCACAACUCCAUCCGGCCCAUGGAGCAGGCGUAUAAAUAUAAUGAGCUCAGACAACACGAGAUCUCAGCCUAUCCCGGACGCACCCUGGGGGAUUCGGCCACAGAUGGCGAGAUUACCUCUAAACCCAUGGUUCUGUUCCUUGGUCCUUGGAGUGUUGGCAAGUCAUCAAUGAUCAACUAUUUACUCGGACUUCGGGACACUCCUUAUCAAUUAUACACAGGAGCCGAGCCCACCACCUCUGAGUUCACAGUGAUCAUGCACGGGGAGAAGAUCCGCUCGGUGGAGGGGAUAGUAAUGGCUGCAGACAGCUCUCGCUCUUUCUCUCCUCUGGAGAAGUUUGGUCAGAACUUUCUGGAGAAGCUGAUCGGUAUAGAGAUGCCUCACAAGCUGCUGGAGCGCGUUACCUUCGUGGACACGCCUGGAAUUAUAGAGAACCGCAAGCAGCAGGAGAGAGGUUAUCCAUUCAACGAUGUGUGUCAGUGGUUCAUAGACCGUGCAGAUUUAAUCUUUGUAGUAUUUGACCCGACUAAGCUUGAUGUUGGUCUGGAACUGGAGAUGCUCUUCCGGCAGCUGAAAGGUCGGGAAUCCCAGAUCCGUAUCAUCCUCAACAAGGCCGACAGCCUGGCCACUCAGGAUCUCAUGCGGGUUUACGGCGCUUUGUUCUGGAGCUUGGCGCCUCUCAUCAACGUGACGGAACCCCCGCGGGUCUACGUCAGCUCGUUCUGGCCCUACGAUUACGCCGCCGACACCAGCCGCGAGCUCUUCAAGCGCGAGGAGAUCUCCCUCCUGGAGGACCUGAACCAAGUCAUCGAAAACCGCCUGGAAAACAAGAUCGCCUUCAUCCGCCAGCACGGCAUCCGAGUGCGAAUCCACGGGCUCCUCGUAGACCGCUACGUUCAGACCUUCAAGGAGAAGAUGAGCUUCUUCAGUGACCCCGAGCUGGUGUUCAAAGAAAUCGUGGACGACCCCGACAAGUUCUACAUCUUCAAGUCAAUCCUGGCGAAGACCAACGUCAGCAAAUUUGACCUUCCCAACCGCGACGCUUAUCGUGACUUCUUUGGCAUCAACCCAGUGUCCAGUUUUAAACAGCUGUCGGCCCAGUGCUCGUAUAUUGGGGGCUGUCUUCUGGACAAGAUCGAGAGGGCCAUUACUGCUGACCUGCCUGGUCUUCUCAGCAGCAUCAACUCUGGUAAGAACCCAACCCUGUCCUCCUGCGAGGCCACUGGCUGCGGGGAGAAGCCUAAAAACCGCUACCGACGAGGAAACUGAGGAAGGAGAGAGGAGGGAAGGGAGGGUAUGGUAUGGUAUGUUCAUAUACAGUAUAUACAGGGGUUGGUCAAUGAAACUGAAACACCAGUCAUUUUAGUGUGGGAGGUUUCAUGGCUAAAUUGGAGCAGCCUGGUGUUCAAUCUUCAUUAAUUGCACAUUAUUGCACCAGUAACAGCAGAGUGUAAAGAUUGGUUCAAUUAGCAGGGUAAGAGCACAGUUUUACUCAAAAUAUUGCAAUGCACACAACAUUAUGGGAUAUAUACCAGACAUACCAGAGUUCAAAAGAGGACAAAUUGUUGGUGCACGUCUUGCUGGAGCAUCUGUGACCAAGACAGCAAGUCUUUGUGAUGCAUCAAGAGCCACGGUAUCCAGGGUAAUGUCAGCACACCACCACGAAGGAUGAACCACAUCCAACAGGAUUAACUGUGGACGCUGUAAGAGGAAGCUGUCUGAAAGUGAUGUUCGUGUGCUAACCCGGAUUGUAUCCAAAAAAACAUAAAACCACGGCUGAUCAAAUCACGGCAGAAUUCAAUGUGCACCUCCACUCUCCUGUUUCCACCAGAACUGUCCGUCACCACAAUCAAUUAUUGUGCUCUAAAACCAGGUGUUUCAGUUUCAUUGUCCAUCCCCUGUAGUUAAAUAUAUAUUUAUAGAUGUAUAUUUGCACCGAUCAAGCCUAUACAUAUUGUGCAAAUGUUUUAGGCACCUGUGGGAAUUUGUAGUAAAAGGCUUCUUAUCUGUGUUAUUUCUAGUUCUUAUCAUAUCAACAACUGGUUUGGUAAAUUACUGGUAAAAGUGGUAAAUCAGGUGAGCUGCUGACAGAACUGAACAUAAUAUACACGUGCUGGCUGAGGAGCAUCCAGGAGAAAUCUGGAAUCUCUACACUUUGUUCUUCAGCUCGGCGUUUUACUGUAUUUAUGUUUAUUUGCAUCUGUUCAAAUCAUAUGUGGUGCUUUUUUCAGGCAAAAACACUCAUAUUGCUGAGAUAAAUUAAUUAGUGUAAUUUGCUUAGGUGCCUAAACCCUUUGCACAGUACUGUAACAUUAUGGAUUAUCCUUUUUAUCAGGUCCACUGAACCUAAAUCUGUUUCUCUGCAUUCUUUUAUCAAUAAUAUCCUGCUUUUAUCCUUUUAUUUUUCACUCCUUUUUAUUUUUACUUCAUAAUGUUAUGCUUGAUCAGUUAAUUCUAUUCUAGACGCAUAGUUGUGGUCAGAAGUUAUAUUAUCGAGACAGGAGAUCAUUCUCUGUUUCUUCAGAAAUUAAGUAUAUUAAAAAUAGUUUAUCCUGCUUUUGUUGGAGUAACAGGUCUCUACAGACCAGAAAAGACUUCUUCAGCUUGUUGGUUUUAGAACAUUGCUGUGAGGAUUUGAUUGUAUUCAGCCACAAGAGCUCAAGUGUGGUCAGAAAGUUGGAUGAUUUAAAAAAAAAAAGUUAAUAUUCAUAAAGUUUUAAAAGUCCAGAAAUCAUUUUUUUUUUUGGUAUAAACCUGGUUUUUAAUUACAUUUUCAUGCAUUUUGGCAUCAUGCUCUCCUCCACCAGUCUUACACACUGCUUUUGGAUAACUUUAUGCUGCUUUACUCCUGGUGCAAAAAAUUCAAGCAGUUCAGUUUGGUUUGAUGGUUUGUGAUCAUCCAUCUUCCUCUUGAUUAUAUUCCAGAGGUUUUCAAUUUGGAAAAAUCAAAGAAACUUAAAAUUUGUACAUUUUUUAGCCUAAUGUGUCCAACUUGUCCAAGCUUUUUAGGUCACUGUCAUGUUAUGUUAUGUCAUGGACCCAACUCUGCCCAACCUUCCAAGCUGAUGGUUUAAACUCAUGCUGUAAAAUCCUAUAGGUAGUCCUCCUACUUUGUUAGUCUAGGCACUAUGUGCACCAUCAUCAUCAGCCCCAAAGAAUAAUGCUACCUCCACCAUGCUUAAUAGUUGGCACAGUGUUCUUGGAGAUGAAUGCCUCGCCUUUAUUCCACCAAAUGUACCUCAGUUGGGUAAUUGUGGCCUGACUUUUAGAUUGUGUUACAUGUAAUAUUUAGCACCAGUGAAUUAAUACAUUUAAACUAGGUGGUUGCAUAUCCAAAUAUACAAUAUGAUUUCAGAAAACCGCUAAUUUAAAAUUUGCCAACCAAAUUCUUGUGCUUUUACCUUAUUUUGAUGUUUAUUUUAAACAAAAAAACAACAUUACCAUGACAUUUAUCUGUACCACUUUAAUAUAAGACUACCUUUAUAAAGGGUUUAUAAAUGGUUUACAAUUAGUUUAUUAAUGGUUACUAAUUAGGUUGUAAAUGCCUUAAAAACAUUAAUAAUCAGUUAUAACACAUACAUAGAAAAUGACCUGUUGUUUGCCAAAUAGUGAACCCACAGCCAUCUAUCUAUAUUGUUGCUCUAUCUACAUAUGUGUUAUAACUGAUUAUUAAUUUACAACCUAAUUUACAACCUAAUUAGUAACUAGUAAUAAACUAAGUGUAAACCAUUUAUAAACCCUUUAUAAAGGUAGUCUUAUUUUAAAGUGGUACCCAUUUAUCUACAUGAUCCCAAUUAUCAUGCCCAAAAAACAUAUAUGUAUGUCUGCAGGGGUCACUGACGGGAUCAGCAGGGGGUUAAACAUGGACCCCCUAUUUAGAACAAUAUAUAAACUUCUUACCACAACUACGGGUCCAUCUCAGAGGCUCUUUGGGUUUAUUUUUAAGGGUUUUGGGGACUGAAUGGGAGAUUCUGUAGAUUUCAUGAAAGGAUAAAUACAAUUCUUACGUUAUAUUUUUUUGGGCACUGCUUUUAUGGAAUGUCAUAAAUUAAGCAUGAACAUGCGACAUACACAUGAAAAAAAGCUGAAACAUGUUAAAGAACAAAGCUGUUUAGUUUUUUACACAAAGUGUCUAAAAAAAAAAAAAGAAGUGAACAAUGGAUUUGUGAGAUGACAUUUUCCCCAAAGGUGUUGUUUUAUUUUUCACUUUUAUACAUAAAAAAACUAGAUUAGAUUUCUUUCUCCUGUGAUAUUUUACUUGGUAAAACCCCCAUCAUGCUGCAUGUUAGAUUAUACGAGUCUAGGUUUAGGUCAUAAAAAGUGUGUCACGAUGUCUCGUUUCUAUUUAUUCACUUUUUAACUCUUUCUUGAUAAAAUGUAUGUGUUUACAGUUCUGUCCUGUUUCAUAUUCUUGUUUUAAAAUUCAUUUUAUUAGGCCUUUUUGUUUCCUGUGCUUGCCUUACUGGGGGAAAAACAUCUUGAUUGUCAAACAUUUAAUGUAAGUUAGAAACAUAUUUGCCCUUGUAUUAUAAGAUCCAAAAGUCUAUGUAAUUUACUGGGAAGUAAAUAAAAAGUGUAAUAUGAAUCUCCAAGUGAUUUGACAGCAAUAAACGUUUUUUGUGAUCAUAA